AUGGACUCCGACGACGACUUUUCUGCACACCUGGCGGAGCUGGACGUGCCGCUUUCGCCCGACUCGGACGGAAUGGCCCGGCGCACACGCGCACGCGCCUCCGAGCCCAAGCAGGCCGCCUACGCCUGGGAAGACGAGUACCAGCGCACAUGGGACAUUGUCAAGGACGACACGCUGAGACCGGUGGAGCUCCUCGUCCAGCAGAUGGUGGACGCACGCAAGGCCAAGCUCAGCCGCAACGCCGCCACGCCGUUCCAGCGCGGCAUCAUCCGCACGGUGGUGGUGGUGGUGGAUGCGUCGCGGGCCAUGCUCGAGAAGGACUUGCGGCCCACGCGCUUUGGCGCCACGGUGGCGCACCUCCAGGACUUUGUGGCGGAGUUUUUCGACCAGAACCCGAUCGCGCAGAUGGCCGUGGUGAUGAUGCGCAACGGCGUGGCGUCGGUGGUGAGCGAGCUCAGCGGCCUGGCCCAGCUCCACAUCGAGCGCCUCCGGGCGCUCCGCGCGCGCCAGCACACGCUCGAGCCCAAGGGCGACCCGCUGUUGCAGAACGCGCUCGAGUUGGCGCGGGCGCUUCUCACGGCCGGCGGCGGACCGACGUCCCGCAGCUCGCGCGAGAUCGUGGUGGUGUUUGGCGCUCUUUUCACGCUGGACCCGGGCGACAUCCACCAGACCAUCGACUCGCUUGUGCGCGACGAGAUCCGCGUGCGGGUGAUAGGGCUAGCGGCGCAGGUGGCCAUCUGCCGCGAGCUUGUGGCUCGCACCAACGCCGGCGAGUGUGCGGGCUACGGCGUGAUAGUGGGCGACGCGCACUUCCGCGAGCUUCUCAUGGCGUGCGUGGAGCCGCUUGCGGUGGCGCGGCGGGCGGCCGAGACGGCCACGGGCGUGCCGGUGCUUCGAAUGGGCUUCCCGCUGCGGGCGCCGGCGGCGCCGGGCAUGCCGGUGUUGUGUGCGUGCCAUCCGCAGGGCGGCGGCGCCGACACGGGCUACUGGUGCCCGCAGUGCCGCAGCCGCGUGUGUCUGCUUCCGUGUGUGUGUCCCGUGUGCGGGCUCAUGUUGAUCUUGCUGACGCACUUGGCCCGCACGCACCACCACUUGGUGCCGCCGCCGGACUACGAGACAAAGGAGGAGACAAAGGAGACAAAGGAGACAAACGACAGCAACAACGACAACAGCAACAGCAACAACGACAGCAGCAACAGCAACAACGAUUCCAGCGGGAACUCCUCCGAGCGCUGCUUCGGGUGUCUUGCCCAGGGCGACGGGGCGCUCGGCGCCCGCUACGCUUGCGCGGCCUGUGGCCAGCGCUUCUGCAUCGACUGCGACGUGUUUGUGCACGAGGUGCUCCACAACUGUCCGGGCUGCGAGGCCCGUGCGGCAUGA